AUGAUUCCGUUGCUGUUUGCUCUUUGUACAGUUGUGUCGGCGGUGAACUGGGAUGCGCCGCCACAGUAUGACCCCGUAUGGCUGGCUAGUGUGCAACUGUACCCACCUGCUCCUGCUCUUAAUGACACCCGUUUUUGGGGUUCCGGAUGGGUCAACGAUGCUGAUGUUGAAUUCAGACUGUUUACAAGGCGAAACCCGUUCGAUUUUCAAGUGCUAACAACGAAUGACUCUGCAUCUCUACACCAAUCAAAUUUCGACUUUAGCAAAAAAGUUAAAGUGCUUACUCAUGGUUGGCUAAACCAUGGGUACAGUCCUAUGCCAGAGUCUAUCAAAGAAGCUUACCUUAAUGUGAGCGACCUCAACAUCAUUGUGGUGGAUUGGGGUGUCGCAGCUAACGUUAAUUAUAUCUUGGCCAGUUACAACGUGGCCUCCGUUGGCCGUCUUCUCACGGAGUUCCUUAACUUUCUCAUUGAAGAGGGCGUUUCAAUGGAUGAUGUCCAUCUUAUCGGCCACAGCUUGGGAGCUCAUGUAGUAGGCAUAGCUGGAGCUUACAUCAAGAAGGGACCUAUUGAUACUAUUACUGGUUUGGAUCCAGCGUUGCCGUUAUUUACGCUUGGUAACAAGGACGCUCGGUUGGACAAACACGACGCUCGUCACGUGGAGGUCAUACACACUUGUGGAGGUUACCUCGGGUUCGCGUCUCCUCUUGGUCAUAUUGACUUCUAUCCGAAUGGAGGCACUCGACAGCCUGGCUGUGGGACUGACUUUAGAGGUUUCUGUGCCCACAAUCGUGCCCACAUGUACUUCUCGGAGUCCAUCAUAUCCGACGUGCCGUUCACAGCGGUCCGGUGUGAGAGCUACGACGAGUUGUACUACUCAGGAUCUUGUAAGGGAACUGGAGAGACUCUUGUCAUGGGCGGAUUUGAUAUUCAUUAUGGGAAGGAUGGUGUGUACUACCUAAGGACAAACGCUGAGAAACCCUUCGCGCUGGGGGAUGGUGACCCAACAUGA